UAAACCAGUCGUUCAAUUCAUUAUUCGGCAGCCUGAAAAUGAGCAGCAGUAAAUCCAGUAAUGUUGAGUGUGUCGGCAAACAAGACUGGACUUCAGAAUACAACCAUAUAGACUGCACCAGAUACUACAGAGAGCUUAUGGACAAAGGGCAGAUUGUGGAGCGGUGUGAGAUAGUAGCCAAGUACACUGAGAGAUGCCUGCUGCCCUUGUUUCAAAAGUGGGCCAUAGAUCUCGAGAAACCCCUCAAGUUCCUGGAUGUUCUCUGUUGCUAUGGAAACGAUACCCUGGCAUACACCAAUGCUUACUACCAAGAGGAUUACGCGAAAACUUGGGCCUCAGAAGAAACCUGUUAUCAAAUUAUUAAGCCCAGACAAUUUCCAGUCAAAACGCUGGGCAUCGACAUUAGCGUACCGGCACUCGAAUUUGGAAAGAAAGCUGGAAUAUACGACGAAAUAAAAACUUUGGAUCUCAACAACUUGCCCGAUAUGGAUAUCAAUUUUUUGGAAGAAAAUUGCAAACGAGCCAACAUUUUAAUAAUGAACUCUCUCAAUUAUAUCAAAGAAGAUCAAAUUCAUCGAAUAAUUGACUGGUUUUCCGGCGGAAAAGAGCCAGGAAUGAUUGCAGUUGGGUUCAUUUAUCCUUAUGACAUACCAGAGCGAAUAAGUCGAUACAAAGAGCAUUUACUGGAAAAACUCAAAUUUUUUGGAUCAGUCUCGAUGAUGAACAGAUAUCUCCGAGAAGCAGAGGCUCUGAGCUUUGGACCGGAAUUCGGAACAUGGCGUCGAGUCUACUAUGAAAUUUGGUACCUGACAAGAAACGAAUAGAUUAAGUUUACGACAACAGAAAGCAAUCUUAUAACUGGGUCAAACAAAUCGAACUGUUUUUGAUUUCAAAAUUGGUCAUUCAAUAAAUUCAAUAAAUGAGAAGCUAUUCUUAGGAAAAACUUGAUAUCUAU